GCACAGCCCGCCUCUCUUCGUCGGGCCCGCCAAUGGCGCCCAGCGGGCGGAGCUUCCCGAGCCGGCCAUUUAGCUCCCGAGCGGAGGCAGCCCUUCCCUUUCGGUGUCUUGCGCUGCGGCCGCAACGACAGAGCGCCCCGUUUCCCAGCCCCUCCCUUCGGUACCACCCGGCGGCUCCGAUCUACUCCUGCAGCCAUGACAGAGCAGGCCAUCUCCUUCGCCAAGGACUUCCUCGCGGGCGGCAUCGCUGCAGCCAUCAGCAAAACGGCGGUGGCCCCCAUCGAGCGGGUCAAGCUCUUGCUUCAGGUGCAACAUGCAAGUAAGCAGAUUGCUGCUGAUAAACAUUACAAAGGAAUCAUUGAUUGUGUAGUCCGCAUUCCCAAAGAGCAAGGAAUGUUGUCCUUCUGGCGUGGAAAUUUUGCCAAUGUUAUUAGAUACUUCCCAACUCAGGCACUGAACUUUGCCUUCAAGGAUAAGUAUAAGCAAGUGUUUUUAGGAGGAGUAGACAAACAUACACAGUUCUGGAGAUAUUUUGCUGGUAACCUGGCCUCAGGUGGUGCAGCUGGAGCUACCUCCCUCUGCUUUGUCUAUCCUUUGGAUUUUGCGAGAACCCGCCUGGCAGCUGAUGUUGGAAAAGCUGGUGCUGACAGAGAAUUCACAGGUCUGGGAAAUUGUCUCAUGAAAAUCUUCAGGUCUGAUGGCCUGCGUGGCUUAUAUCAAGGCUUCAAUGUCUCUGUUCAGGGCAUAAUCAUCUAUAGAGCUGCUUAUUUUGGAAUCUAUGAUACAGCAAAAGGUAUGUUGCCAGAUCCUAGGAAUACUCAUAUUGUGAUAAGCUGGAUGAUUGCACAAACAGUGACUGCAGUAGCUGGCGUGGUCUCCUAUCCCUUUGACACAGUGCGACGUCGAAUGAUGAUGCAGUCUGGGCGUAAAGCAGCUGACAUUAUGUACUCCGGAACAAUUGACUGUUGGAAGAAGAUUGCAAGAGAUGAAGGUGGAAAGGCUUUCUUCAAAGGCGCGUGGUCUAAUGUUCUUCGAGGCAUGGGUGGUGCAUUUGUGCUUGUGUUGUAUGAUGAGUUCAAGAAAGUCAUUUAAACAAAAUUUUAUUAGAAAUGUAAGUUAAAUUGACAGAUCAUGUAGAAUAACUUGCCAUUAUGGACCACUGACUUAAAAAAAUUCCUACUCAGUCUUAUUUAUCGGGGCCAGAUCAUGUUUAAGUAGGACUAGAAACUGCCUUCAGUGAACUGAUGUACAUUAUACUGGCAUCAGAACAGACAGUCCAGUUCAUUGGAUUUGUCUUGUAUUUGAUGUUGGUUAUAGUAGCUACAGUUCAGGGUCCAAGGAAGCUGAUCUGCUUUUGUCUGAAAAUCAGCUAAAAGUUUCAAGUCCUGUCUUAAAAGGACCAUAAAAAUCAUGUUUUGAAAAAUGAAAAAUAUUCAUUUAGCCUAUCGUGUUUUCCACUUGUACUUAAGCACUAUGUACUGUUUGCACAGCUGAACAUCUAGCAUUUGUGUUCUCCAAUUUGGGGCAUUCUGUGAACAAUAAACAUAAUUAUGUGUCGAA